AUUUCUCAUUGCACCACGUCUCCUACUCCCCUUCUUCUUCUUCGGGGGUUCCGAAGCUCGCUCUCUUCUUAUGCUUUGAAAUCUCUCAUUUUCUCUCUCCUUUUUUUUCUUCUUCCUUUUCUCUUUUCAAUGGCGAAUUCCAAGCUCGCAUUCUUGUCGAUUUUUCUGCUAUGUUCGUUGAUUUUCAGCGGCGUAAUUGCAGAUUCUGGAAAUUCGGAACUUAUUGAGGAAGUUCGAUCGGAGGAUUCUUCCUCUCUUAAGCUUGAAUUCGACCAGCUUAAGUCCAAGAUCCAACUUCUUGAAACUCGUCUUGAUGAGAGCAACGCUAAUGUGAAGACAAAGGAUGAGAAAAUAUCAGACUUGGAGAAAGUCAUCCAAGAGAAGUCAGAGGUUGUUGCUUCGUUGCAAAGUGAGAUAGAGACCGCUCAGAAAAGAGGAACAUCAGAUGCUGAGGAGCGGGUUGGAAAGGCUCAUGCUCGGGCUAGUGAGUUGCAAAAGCAGGUUGACAAGUUGAAGAAAGAAAUUGAAGGACAGAAAAAAGAGAAGGAGCCCUUGGAAGCCCGAGCUAGAGAAUCAGAGAACAAAAUUGAGGAAUUGAGUUCGAAACUAGAUAAGUUACAGAAGAUAAAUGAUGAACAGAAGAGCAGAAUUCGUAAACUUGAGCGUGCACUUCAAGUGGCAGAGGAAGAAAUGAUGAAGGCUAAGUUGGAGGCCACCUCAAGGACUAAGGAGUUGAUGGAGGUGCAUGGUGCAUGGCUUCCACCAUGGUUCGUGGAUCAUGUGCUUCGUUCGUGGUCUUUCAUAGAGAUUGAGUGGAAUGAGCAUGGAAAACCUGUUAUGGAGGUUUUGGUUCAGAAGACACUGGAGAAGAAGGAUCAAGCUGAAAAGUGGGCAGAACCUCACGUUGAAACUAUCAAAACUAAAUUGGUCCCAGCUGUGAAGGAACAAUGGGUGAUGGUAACAGAGUAUGUUGAACCGCAUAUUCAGACGUUGACAGCUAAGUCUGCUGAGGCAUUUGAGGCAUCUAGGGAUGCUGUGAAGCCACACAUCAUUAAAGUACAGGACUUGGCAGACCCUUAUUAUCAGGAAGUGAAGAAAGUAAGCAAGCCAUACAUUGAUCAUGUUGCCACUGUGACAAAGCCUCAUGUCGAAAAAGCAAGGACUGCCUUGAAGCCGUAUACUAAGAAGGCAAUUCAUGUUUAUGGGAAAUUUCUUGAAUCAGCAACUAUGUAUCAUCAUCAGGUCCAAGCUGCAGUUCAUGAAAAGCUGAAGCAACACGAGGUUACAAACUCUCUAGCAACAAAGGAGUUGGUUUGGUUUAUGGCCUCUGCUCUUUUGGCUCUUCCUGUCAUCCUUCUAUCUAGAAUCUGCUCAGCGCUGUUCUGCAAAAAGUCAGUGAAGCCUUCUCGUAAUACUCAUGGACAUCACUCACGCCGCAAGGGUAAAAGGGGACAUUCAGACAAGUAGAUUUUCAGCGUCUAGUUUGCUUUGCACUUGUGGCACAUCUGAGGCUGAAAAUAAGUUUUUGAAGAUUUUAGAGCCUUCGUUGUACUGCAUCAAUCAUACGCUGAAGGAGGUUACCGUGCUAGACACAAAUUUCUCCCUUUUGUAUUGCUGAUUCUUUUGUGAAAAAUGUCCAUCCAGUAAACCUAUGUUGAUGGUGGAGUCCGAAGCUGUACUGUGAACAUAAUAGGUUGCUUUUUGAGUUUUUGUCUGGAUAAUGCUAUUUCUCUUGUUCUCAUAUUUAACCUCUUGGUUGUAACUUUCUCCUACAGAGUUGCUAGGUUAUAGUAGUAGAUAGCGUUUUGUAGAGAUUAGAUGAUUACCACGGUCAUAUCCGUAAUAGCUAUCUGCCAAAGGACUAGAAUAUCAUCUGUUGUAUUAUGACGAGACUAGUAUUUCUUAUUGGGUAAUUUUCUCUUGUCAA